AUGGGAGAAUCACAGUCUAUUUUUGCCCCAAUGACUGCUAAUUGCAAGUUAACCAAAGUUGGCUCAUAUUUAUUCAGUGAUCCAUCUCUCUAUAGGUCUGUUGUUGUUGCUUUCCAAUACACAACUGUUACAAGGCUUGAGUUAAGCUAUGCUAUGAACAAGGUUUGUCAGUUCAUGGCUAAUCCUAUGGACUCUUAUUGGACAACUGUUAAAUGCAUUCUAAGGUACCUUAAAAGCUCUAUUCGUCAUGGUUUGGAUUUCAAGGUUGCUUUUUCCUCUCAGCCUUUUACUAUCAAAGCCCUGUAUGAUGCUAAUUGGGCCUCGGAUCCAGAUGAUAAAAGAUCUACCUCUGGUGUAGUGAUUUAUUUUAGUCCUAAUUUGGUGGCAUGGUGGUCCAAGAAACAACAAAUUAUGGCUAGAUUUUCAACUAAAGCUUAA